ACAUAGAAAAAUGAAAAUCAGGAAAGAGCAAAAUUUGAGAAGUUAGCGCCGAAUGGAAUUAUAAGCGGGCAUCGUGAAAUUUCGAAAGAUUUGGGAAGGCGGUGAUGGGGCAUUUAAAUAGGGGAGAUACAUCUUCACAAUUUGAUUAGCAGCAUUAUAAAACCCUAGUCAAGCGAAGCGUCGUCUUGUUUAAUCAACCAAACCUAAUUCAAUUCAAUGGCGCGUACCAAGCAAACCGCUCGUAAAUCCACCGGAGGAAAAGCCCCCAGGAAGCAACUCGCUACCAAGGCUGCAAGGAAAUCAGCUCCGACUACUGGUGGAGUGAAGAAGCCCCAUCGUUAUCGCCCUGGAACUGUUGCUCUUCGUGAAAUUCGCAAGUACCAGAAGAGUACUGAACUACUCAUUCGUAAGCUCCCCUUCCAACGCCUUGUCCGUGAAAUUGCGCAAGACUUCAAGACGGAUUUGCGCUUCCAGAGUCAUGCUGUACUUGCUCUUCAGGAGGCUGCUGAAGCUUAUCUUGUUGGCUUGUUUGAGGACACAAAUCUCUGUGCUAUCCAUGCUAAACGAGUCACCAUCAUGCCCAAGGACAUUCAGCUAGCAAGGCGUAUCCGUGGUGAAAGGGCUUAAAGCGGAUGGUUGCUUGUUUUAUGUUUUUGUCUAUUAGUUCUCUGGUUCCUUGAAGUUUAUUAGCUCAACUAUUUAAACUUAUGCUGUUAUGUGACUUGAAGACUCGUUGAACUCGUUAUGUUUAACUUUUGGGUAUGUCAAAGAUGUGCUAUUACUUAA